AUGGAGAAAGUUAUGCAUCAUCGGGUUGAAGGUUAUGAUUUUGACGUAGGGUUGUAUCAAGUUACUACUGGUCGUGGGAGUAGAAAGGCGGUUCUCAUGGAGCUGGUGAUUCGACAAGGACCAAUUGAUCCAUCAGUGUUAAGGUUGCAAACUUCCCAUAGGAGUCACGAUGUUUGGAGUAGCAUAGAAGAUAAAGUUUUGUCGGUUAGAGAGCAUGUAUUCGGCUUAGCACGUGAUUGGAAGGUAGAUGGUGAGGUAUUAGAUUAUGUGAAGCGUGUUGGAUUCUAUGGUGUGCACAGGCUAGCUGGUGGUGGGAUUUUAUUGGACCGUUCUCUAAUUACGGCGUUGGUUGAGAGAUGUAGACAUGAGACACAUACUUUUCAUCUUGUGGUAGGAGAGGCCACUAUUACUUUACAGGAUGUUGCAGUUUUGCUAGGCUUGAGAGUCCAUGGUCCACCGGUCACUGGUCCACCUCCACGUGAGAGUUGGCAUGAUAUCUUUGAGGAGUUACUUGGAGUUCGACCCGGUCUUGAUGAGAAGGGGAAGCCUUAUUUAGAAGGAUCUACUUUGAAGUUAAUGUGA